AUGUACCAGCACGAAAUGUUUCCCAUACAACAAGAUGGCAUCGCAGCUGCACACGAGCUGCUCAAAGAUACCGGAAGGAAUCCCGAGAAGACCUUCCCGGUGGGGAUCAAUCUUUUUCGGAUGAAGUGGACCAACAGCAUCCAGUAUGAUUAUGAACUUCCUGCUCCACAGACCUCGGCAGAUUAUGAGCGGAAGCUGCUCGAGAGGGGAUGGGUCGACAUGAAGAAACAUUUGGUUCAUUUUGUGAUUUGUCUGCUGGUGGAGAACUUUCCGUUGAAGGCACGCGAUGAGAACUGCAAGCUCGUGCAACUGAAUGUUUGCCAUGUGGCCGAAAUCACUGCCCAGAACAUCCAAGAUGGGCAAAUUGGCCCGGUCAAGAAACACCACAGGGUAACCAGUGCUUAUUGUGUGAAUGGUGCCAUCUUUCAGCAAUCUCCGGAAAUCAAGGCCGAAUGGCUGCGAUGCUGUCUGUCCUCAGUGGUUGUGACGAACUACAACUUCCGUGUGUAUAGGAUACAGCAAGUGCAUCUCGACAUGAAUCCUUUCAGCGCCUUCACAUAUCUUCAGCGAGGGAGUGGCGGGGAGAAGUUUGUCGAAAUUACUGAUACGAAGUUUUUGGAAGCCUUCUACGAGAAGUCUGUAGCCUUCAAGGCCCAGGCACUCUUGGAAGCUUAUCCACGGAAGGCCAAGGUCUUGAAGCAGAUCAAAGCCUCCCCACAGGAGAGGCGCAAUGUCAUGGAGAAUGAAUUGCCUGAAGCGCUCAAGGAAGGUAGAGGUGUUCGGUCUUUGCGGAACGGUGUUCAGUGUCCUGUCUCGAUCGAUCAGUGGCUACGGUUCUAUCCACAGACGGAUGAGCCAGUAUUGGAGAUUUGGUUGCGAUCACUGCAAGAUGUUGCGAGGGUUGCACUCGACUGUGAGCUGGAGGAGCCGACAAAGGUUUGCUGCAGUGAUCAGCUCCGGGAACUACAGUCAAAGAUCAUCGACAACAUUACCCCGAGCACCCAGCUGAUGGUGCUGCUCAUCCCGAACAAGAGUGUGAGGAAGGUGUACCAUUCCUUCAAGCACCUGGCAUGUGAGCAGUAUCCCUGCAUCUCGCAGGUCGUUCGCAGUGACACCAUCCGCAAGCGCCAAUCCAUCGGCUCCAUCCUCCACAAGGUGGUCCAGCAGAUCAAUGCGAAGCUUUGCGGGCCCUUGUGGCAAAUCAUCCCCAAGGAUUCAAAGGCUGCUGCCUUUGUGGAUUUCAAGAAGCGUCCUUUCAUGAUCUUUGGCAUUGAUGUCUACCUCACCUUCGAAGGGGCCCGUUGGCUCGGAAUCUCCGCGACUUUGGACAAGGUAUUUUCUCAGUAUUACUCCAUGGCAGCCGAGUUGGAGAAGGGAUCCAUGCAGCGGUGGAGGACCAGCUUGUCCGUUGAACUUCAGCGCCUCUUCCGUUAUGCGCUCAAUGCUUUUACAGACUGCAACGAUGGCAUCUUGCCGGAAACCAUUGUUGUGUACCGUGCAUCGGUGAACCAGGAGGAAUGGCCCUUGGUUGAUGCGAAGCGAUAUGCACCCAAAAUUGUGGUUAUCGGCAUUGCCAGGAAGACUGACAUGCGGAUCUUCAAGGGUGACAAGCAGAACAUCAGAAACCCUGAGCCAGGUACUGUUGUGGAUGACCCCAUAAUUUGUCCUGGUCCCACCCGCGAGUUCUUCUUGCUCAGCCAGGCCGUUGCCAAAGGGAGCGCUGUCCCAACGCACUAUACUGCACAGUGUGAAGUAAUGAUCUAUCGCGCUGAAUUGUCCCUGCAGCUGAUCGAAAACCUUACAAGCCUGCUCUGCCUGAUGUACUACAAUGUUCCAAACGCUGUGCUCGUGCCGGCUCCUGUCCUGUAUGCCACCAAGAUUGCGGCCUUCUGCGGCAAUGUGAUCAAGAAGGCACCAAGGCCACGCCUUUCGAAGCAGAUCAAAGUCUCCACGCAGGGAAGGUACAACGUGAUCGUGAGUCACGGCCAGGAAAUUGAAAAUCAAGUGCCCGAAACGCUCAGUUGGGAUCGCCUGCAGAGCCUCUCAAGGUAG